GGGCCUUUGCUCUGUAGACAUUCCUCCUGCAUAUCUCCAUCACCACCUCUUCCCUAUAUAUAUAAAGAGGGUGAUGCAUAAAUGAAUUUCUCAUAUAUACAAAAAAGAAAGACAUCGUAAAUAUAGAUAUCUGGAGAGUGAGGUGAUUCGGGUGACAUGUGCGUUGGAAAAACACAGGAUCAAUCUCUAUUAUCGUUAUACUAUUGAUUGGAUCGAAAGAGAGAGAGAUGGGGGAAAAGGGAAAAUCACUAUGUUGUGAUAAGGAGCAAGUGAGGAGGGGUCCGUGGAGCCCUGCUGAGGACUUGAAGCUCGUUACUUACAUUCAGAAAAAUGGCCAUCAUAACUGGAGGGCUCUCCCUAGGCGAGCAGGUUUGAUGAGAUGUGGUAAAAGUUGCCGUUUGAGAUGGAUUAACUACCUUAGCCCUGAUGUGAAGCGAGGGAACUUCACAAGAGAGGAAGAGGAGUCCAUAAUGAAGCUACAUGAAGCCUUGGGAAACAAGUGGUCGACAAUUGCAGCACAUUUCCCAGGACGAACGGACAAUGAGAUUAAGAAUGUGUGGAACACUCAUCUAAAGAAAAGAUUGGCUUGCCGAAACCUAUCUUCCUUAACAUCCUCUUCCUCAUCAUCUUCUUCUACUACUACUACAUUAUUGUCUAGUGGAAAACCAACCGUAGGAGGAGGGGAUGAAAUAAUUGAGCAUCAAUCUGCUGACCAAGAAACUAGCAUGGCCACCAACAACAAGCCACAUGAGCCAUGCAGUUUGACUAUUCAAGAAAACCCUAAUCAUCAGGAUUCUCCAAUGGAAUUAACAAAUGAUCCCAAGGGGUUGAAAGAGUUGACCACUUCUUCUAAUGUUUCAUCUAAUGAAUCCAACGGCUCAAGUAAUUCCAGCCAAGUUGUUGGUAUGUCAAGGCCAGGAGCAGAAGAGCAGCAAAUGGAUGAUGAUUUGAUUGACCUUUCAGGACUUUUUGAUAAUCCAUUUCAUGAGUCUGACUCUGACUUUUGGAACAUUUUGGAUGACUUUCAGCCACUCCAAUCAAAUAAAGUCCAAGUACUUCAUGAGGCUGAUGAGGCUAAUUACCAGAGCUCAGGCUUGGGACAAGUGGAAAAUGGGAAUUGGCUUAGUUACUUGCAAAAUGAGCUUGGAUUUGAAGCCGCAGCAACAGAGAGUGAGAUCAACAACCAGGAGAUAUUACCAAAGGGUGCAACUGAACAACCAGUCAUCCCAGAGACCUUUGACAAAAUGCCAAACCCUGCAGGAUAUGACGAGAGCAUGGAUUACUUUCAAACGUGGCUUUCUUGGCCAGAAAACAAUUCCGCCAUUUAAGUUAGUGAAAUUAAUGCUAAUAUUAGUUGAGUCAUCCUGACGACAGUUUUAAAGUUACAAAUAGGGGAAUUGCUUAUGUUAUGAUGAUGGAAUCUUUGAUGUAGUUUUUCAUAGUUUAUGUCAAAACACAGUGUAGGUUGAACAAUUAAACAUCAUCAAAUAUUUUUAUAAAAAAAGUAUUUGUCUUCCAGUUAU